GUUGCAGAGACAAAUUAAGAAAGAUCCAGUCUGCGCUUGUUCCAUUAAUCUAACACCAUAUAUACUUUGUCUCUUGAGUUAUUUCGGAAAUUGAUUCAAUAUGCUUGACUUCUUUGUCCCUUGUUUAUUUCUUUGUGCAAUGUUUUUCUUUGUCUCUCGGUUAUUUCCAAAACUGAAGGGUGUAGAGGUAAAGCCCAUGUCAAAAAAUAACGCUUCUCAAACAAAGUAUGAUGUUUUUGUUAGCUUCAGGGGCGUUGACAUCCGUCGUGGGUUUCUAAGCCAUUUGAUUGGCACUUUUAAAAGUAAGCAAAUAAAUGCCUUUGUAGAUGAUAAGCUUGAGAGGGGUGAAGAAAUAUGGCCAUCACUUAUUGAAGCAAUUCAAGGAUCAUCCAUUUCGUUGAUCAUAUUCUCACCAGACUAUGCUUCUUCGCGUUGGUGUUUAGAAGAACUUGUGACAAUACUUGAAUGCAAAGAGAAGUAUGGACAAAUUGUAAUCCCCAUUUUUUACCAUAUAGAACCUACAGAUGUACGACAUCAACGGGGAAGUUACGAAAAUGCAUUUGCUGAGCAUGUAAAAAAAUAUAAGAGCAAGGUGCAAAUUUGGAGACAUGCUAUGAAUAAAUCUGUUGACCUAUCAGGAAUUGAGUCAUCGAAAUUUCAGUAAGGUCCCUAGACCCUUAAAUGUUCAAUUCUAGCUCUAUAUUGUUUAUAUGCUUAUUUUUACAACGUAGUUGCUUAAUUUGAAAAAGGAUGUAU